AUGGAACACCAUGUCUUCUACGCCUUCAAGACCCACAACGCCCAGAAUGUCUUCCUGGGCAUGCUCCAGACCGAGGGCCCAUACUGGCAGACAAAGUCCCCGGCCCCGUCCACCUGGAAUGUGAACUCGGCCUACCAUGACCCCAACUUCAGCAAUUGUGGAUCCGGCGAAACCGGCUGCACGCUGCAGUUCGACCUCCAUGUCGACGGUGGUAGCAACAUCUUCUCGUACGGCAACGCUUUCUGGGCCAUCGACGUCGUCACACAGACGAACUCGGUCUGGAUCAAGAACACCCCCAAGACCAGCAUCUUCUAUAACUCCAACGUGGGAGGAGCCAACAUCCAAGGCGGCGGUGAUGCUUUCACCAACAUCAUUUCCGUCCCUGGCAAGGGCUCAAUCCCGACUGAUCAGACGUACUCAUCGCCGAUGUGGGGGAAUGGUGCCGUGGAGUCUGCUUUCACUGGCUUCACUGGUGCUUAG